UUCGUCGAUUGACAUGGACUCUUGGGUUUACAUGGACUCUGGUGAUUCGUGUGUAACGGCUACAGACUUCAUUGUUUUAAACUAUUAAAUCAAGCAUUUACGUAGUUCAAACCACUCAUCCCACUUUCUUUUGCAUAUAAUCUGCAUCACCAUCGUCGAAGGUAACCGCUUGAAUCUCCUCCUAUAUAUUUGUAAGUUGAGUGCGAUGAACAUCCUCACCGCUACGCAACCAGAAAGGAUCACCUCUGUCAACGACAAAUUGCAACAAUGGCGAUUAGCUUAUUAAUCAGAUUGAUGCGGAUCUUAAUCUCGCUCGCACGCUCCAAGAACAGGUGUAGAUUUUGGAUUUCAGGAGCAGAGGAUGAUCCUACAGAAGAUGCGCCAUAUUUGAUGCCCAUGAAGACGAUCAAGAAUAUGAUGGUAGAAACGCUGACACCGAAGAAGUUACUUAUUCAGAUGAUGAAGCCUAUGCUAGAGCUCUUCAGGGAGCUUAAGAAAGGUGUUAAAGAUCCGGAGGAUGAGGAUCAUACUUCUCAGGUAGGUUCUUACACUACUAUUAAAGCAUUCUUGAUCUUAAGCUGGAAAAUUUUUCUAUGGUUGACACUACGAACCUUUGUGAUAUAUGUAAAAAUAACUACUAUCCAACCCGUUUUUUGGUUAGUCAUGUGUAGCCAAAGUACAUCGUUGUGACAUUAAACCUGCCAUUGUCUAAGUGAUACGUCA